AUGUCGAAAGAAUUCACCAUCGAAGAGCUUUCAAAUUACAAUACGAAGAAGGAGCUGUUCGUAGCAAUCAGGGGAUACGUCUACGAUGUCACUGCCUUUCUCGAGGAUCAUCCGGGCGGGGAUGAGGUGUUGAUGGACGUGGCAGGACAAGAAGCCACGGAGGCGUACGAUGACGCUGGCCAUUCAGAGGACGCAGACAAAACUCUCGACAAGUUUUUGAUCGGCGGACUAAAUGCUCCGGCUGGUGCUGGCAAGACUAGAAACAAGGGUACCGUGGGUAGUACGCAGAAAAGCUUACAAAGUCUCCUUUUGAGGACCAUGUUUUAUCUGGUUGCUAUUUUUGUGGGCGCAGGAGCGUUUUCGUACUUGAAAAUAUAUGUAGGUCGAAGUUGA